AUGCUGCCCCUGAGGACAGUGAUAUCACAGAUCAGCAGAUUUGGGGGUUCUACUUGGAAGGAGCCCACCCCUCAGCUGACUGGUGCUGUCCUGCACGAGGUGAUUAAUGGUCAGACACACCUGGCCAAAGGGGGAGCACCUCUGCGACAGGCACUUGUGCCCAUCUGCCACUUUGGAAGCAGGGCUGGAUCACAGGGUCAGGAGCACCUCCUGGCCAGGGAACAUGAGCUGAGCAGCUGUCCUCUGGGAGCAAGAGGUCUCCUGUGGUCAGCAGGCUGCUCACCACCUGUGGAUGUACCUCUUGCUUCAUCCCCACAGCCUUCCUGCACCCCUUUGCUCCUGCCUUCCAACAUGACUGGCCCCUUGUGUGCCAUCACUGAGAAAACCAGAACUGAUGGGAAAAAGUCACAGAAAGACGAGGAGUGUCUUCUAAUGUCUGAGAAAAUCAGCCACAAGUGUGCUCUCCCUGGGGGAGAAAAAAAAGAAUGCUUGAAAGGCAGUCGGGGCUGGCAGAAGUUGGACUCUCAUUGUCAGCUGAGGAAGGAGGCUGCGAAAGGAAAUGGGAAGAAAGCAGAUACACCGAUAGGCAAGCUGGUGUCCUUCCAGGCAGUGUGGAAUACCAGACUUCAGAAGGAAGCUAGGAUUGAGAAGUCCCAGGAGCCCCAACAAGAGAGUGAAGAAAAAUGGGAGCAUAGAGAUAGCACCUAUGUUCGUGCAUGUUGCACCCCAUUAACCUGCCUACCACACUGCACCAAGUCCCAACGCUUCCCUGCAAGCACCAAAUUCCCAGGAGAAAAAGGAUCAACCAGAAGGCAACACACAGAUCAUUGUAACGAUUACAUAUGCAUCAGUCUGGUGGCCUCUGCCCAGCUGAGGGCUCACUUCCCUCCGGAAGCUGUGCACCAAAGAACCCGUCCUAGCCACCACUGGAUCUCAGGCUCUACAAGAGGAAGGACUUGGAGGCUGAGAGCUGGUGAGCCUUUUAGAUGGUGCUGCAUUUGUGGAGAAGAGAGUUCCCUCCUGCAGCAGGACUACAUGAACCAGCAAAAGAGGCAGCGUCCCCAGUCUCCUCACAACUGCAGGUGUACCUGGAGCUGCAGCCCUGACUGCUUCCAAACGGAGGACCGGGAGGUAUCUGCAUUACGAGAACAUGGCAAGGGCUUCAGCAGCCAGAAGUGGGUUGGAAUUUCCUGCCGAAUCUGUCAAGGGAUCUUUAUUAUUAUUAUAUUAUUUUAAAGAGAAAAAAUAAACAGUUUCAAAACGAUAA